AUGCCCACAAACUUCACUGUGGUGCCGGUGGAGGAUGUGGAGGACAGUGGAACCAGCGGAACCAGCGGAACUGCAGCAGGAGGAAGCAAAGUAGCCAAUGUGAGCAAAAUCUUCAAAGAGGAACAGGAUGGGGACAACUCACAGGAACCUCAAACAGAUGGAGAUGACCACCGGAGGGAGUCCAGUCCAUUCAUCCACUCAGACAAUGACCGAAAGUACAGUUACGAGGGAAAAAACAUGGCCCUGUUUGAGGAGGAAAUGGACAGCGCCCCCAUGGUGUCGUCUCUUCUCAACAAGUUAGCCAACUACACAAACCUCUCUCAGGGGGUUCGUGAGCAUGAGGAGGCUGAAGAUGGGUUAAGGAGGGCUGCUGUCAUGGUCCCCCACAUGGGAACCUUCAUCGGGGUUUACCUCCCCUGCAUGCAGAACAUUCUGGGAGUGAUUCUCUUUCUGCGUCUCACAUGGAUUGUUGGCUCCGCUGGAAUCCUGGGUUCUUUUGCCAUUGUCUCCAUGUGCUGCGUCUGUACAUUGCUCACCGCCAUAUCCAUGAGCGCCAUCGCUACCAACGGGGUUGUUCCAGCUGGCGGCGCAUACUACAUGAUCUCCAGAUCUUUGGGUCCAGAAUUUGGAGGAGCAGUGGGGAUUUGUCUGUACCUUGGAACCACCUUUGCUGGAUCCCUGUACAUACUGGGCACUAUUGAGAUCCUGCUGACGUACAUCGUCCCUUCAGCCACACUCUUCAGGGACAACGACGGUGAGCCAGUUCCCAACGACAUGCGUGUCUACGGCACAUGCUGCCUGGUGCUGAUGGCCCUGGUGGUGUUUGUUGGGGUCAAGUAUGUGAACAAACUGGCUCUGGUGUUUCUUUCCUGUGUUUGUCUCUCCAUCUUGGCCACGUAUGCAGGAGCCAUUAAGACACUUAUUGAACCACCAGACUUCAAUGUCUGUUUGCUAGGGAAUCGCUCUCUGAAGAACGAAAUGUUUGAAACGUGCUCGAAGGCGGAAGUAGCCAAAACCCUUCUCUGUGACCCAGAGUCUGAUGAAUACUUCUCCCAGAACAACCUGACAGAACUGCGGGCCAUCCCGGGGCUCCUGAGCGGAGUCAUUAAGGAUAACUUGUGGGGCAAUUACGGUCCGGCAAAGAGAGUGAUAGAGAAAGAAAAACCGCCUGCACUAACAACUGAAAACACAUCCAACUGCACAGUCCAGAACUACUUUGUCAGCGACAUCACCACCUACUUCACCCUGUUGGUGGGAAUAUACUUCCCCUCGGUCACAGGUAUCAUGGCGGGUUCUAACAGGUCUGGUGAUCUCCGAGAUGCCCAAAGGUCCAUUCCAGUUGGAACAAUACUGGCUAUUCUCACCACUUCUUUCAUCUGUAUCCUCCGAUAUUUGCAAAUCAAGCCCAUAAAUAUCUCCUUUGUGGUGCUGUUUGGAGCUUGUAUAGAAGGCGUUGUGCUGAGAGACAAAUUUGGUUACUCGGUGAAGAACAACCCUGUAAUUGGUAUUCUGGCCUGGCCAUCACCCUGGGUCAUUGUGAUUGGCUCCUUCUUCUCCUGCUGCGGCGCG